AUGGCGUCGCCGGCGAUCCGCUCCGCGGGAGCGCUCCGCCACCGGCUUCCGCGUCUCCUCUCCUCCGCCACCACCCGCUCCCCCUCAUACUCCACCAAGGUCAAAGGGCGUCGAUUUGACAAGGAGACACUGGCUAGCGCGAAGAGGCUCGAGGAGGGUGCCAAUUCCAGGGAACAGCACACCAAGGGCGAGGAGGAACAGUAUGCCAAGAUAGACUCGCCUGGUUGGAUUUCGCUCUCAAAGAAGUGUUGGACUUCCAUACACAUCGGAGGCAGAGAUCUGGAGAUGACGGGUGCAGUUUCGUUCCUAUGGGAUAUAGCAGACAAGAUUAUGGACUCCAAGUAGCAAGGUGUAUACAUGCUUUCUUGUUUUCAUUAACAGUUCGAUGAAGCUUAACUACAAUGGCCGCCAAAUUAAGCAUUUGCGCUGGACUCUCCCUCUCGCCAAGGUGUCAG